AUGACAACUAAAACUUUAUUCGACUUCCUGGAUGAUGUAUGCGGUCCAAUCGAGCAGGCUCAGCAAGCAGUUCGAGAAGACGAUGAAGACAAAUUAGUUAGACUGUUGAGUCCAGCAGAUAACAGGCAAAUCAUUAAAGAGGACACUUAUGUCAAUUCUCAAGCAAAAGAAAAUCUAUUGCAUUUUGCUGUGCACCAGUCGGCUGCGAUUUGCGCCUCCUUGCUUUGCGAGAAACCGUACUCAUGGGAUGUGGAUCGCCCGAAUCUGAUUGGACGAAGUCCUGUUCAGUUAGCGCAACUACGGGGCUACGCACCAGUGUGGUAUCCCCUAGCAACGCAUUCCUGUCAUGCGCCACUGUCGGCGCUAGAGGAACAGCAGCUAUCUCAGAAAUUCUCACUACGCACAGUCACUGCUCUCUUGAUUCAGCCGCAGGUUUUCUUUCGAAAACCCCUUGAAUGGUCCGAGGUGUUCGGUUCGAAAAGUGCGACUAGUCUGGGUCCCGCACUCGCAUUAUCUGAUUCACGCGAAAAUUAUGAUGAAAAUUUGAGUACUUCAAAUUUGAAAUUUCUGUUCGAGCUCGUGAUAGCUACACCGAAGGUUUGGAGUUUUGAUAUCCAACUGUCGAAUUCCUGUCUACAUCCUAACCGGAUUCUGCAGUACGACGACGGACAUCCGUCUGACUGUUCCCACUAUCCAAACUGCCUGAAGGAAAGACAAGAGCAGUUGGUUUUCGAUGCCUGGCUCUAUCAUCGUCUGCAGGUCGCCAAUCCUGACGAACAUGAGCCUUGCCAGUUUGCAACACAAGCUUCAAAUCCCAACCAAGGCUCACAGGGAGAACGACUGCAUUCACCGUUUAGUUUGAUGGAGUGGUGUCGCAUGCGUAUUCGUCAGUUAGCAACACAGAAGUUGGUUGAGAUUGCCAAUUCCGGUGACGGUCUGUGCUUCACCUACCCUCGUCUGAUUGCACAGUUACCAUUGCCGCCUGCAAUGCGAACCUAUUUGGCCUAUCGUGAAUUUUGGCCUGCGUGGACACGUCACACUUUACCCGUGAGGGACUUGAGAAAUCUGUACAAUAGAGGGCACGAACCUAUUGGUAUACGUUGGUUUGGUCAACCGAGCAAUGUCAACUGGAUGUGA